AUGGUGGAUCCCGGAACUUCCUUGGCGAUUGUUAGCCUUGCUUUGCAGUUAACCAAAGGGUUUUUACGCUACUAUGAGCUCUGGAAAAACAGUGACGAUGACCUUAUCGAGCUUCAACGCUCUUUGCUGUGGUUAGCCAACAUUUUUACGCGCUUAGACAUCACGCUACGAAAGCCCAGCCUCCAAGAAGACAUAGUCUCCGUUAUUCGAAUUACGAUGAAGGGUUGUGAAGACAACUUAAAGAAGCUCCAAGAAAUACUUCAAAGAGUCGAAAAGAAGGGCUUGAGACAAGGUUCGGAGACAAAAUUCAAGAUCAUGAAUAGGAGGAUUCUUUAUUUCCACUGUGAAAAGGAGAUACAGAGGGUCAAGACGAUUUUGGACGAUCUUCGCGAGGAUUUAAAGCUGGCCAUCAGUCUUUUAGAGUUGAACACCUCGGCGACGAGUUUAGAGGAUCUUCGUCAGACGCAUAUCGAACUGAAUGCUUUGAAGAAAAGCAUUGAAGAUGAGUCGAGAAAGAGCGAGGCUCUAGCGGAACGAGAUGCAAAAGAGAGAAAAAAAGCUCUUACGAUGAGCUGGCUCAGUCCUUGCGAUAUUUCAACUGCUCACUUAUCUGCCGUGGACCAACGCGAACCAGGCACUGGACAAUGGUUUCUUCAGGGACCGUUGUUUACAAAUUGGAAAUCGGAAGGGAGUCAACAUCUUUGGAUUUCAGGAGACGUUGGGUGUGGAAAAACAGUGCUGUGUGCCUCGAUAAUUGAGGAACUCCGAAGGGCAAGACCUGACCAAAACGGAAGCCCCGACAAUGUAAUCUACUUUUACUUUGCCUUCAAUGAUCCCAACCGUCAAGACAUCUUAACAUUAUUGAAAUCUUUGUUGGCACAGUCGUGUGUGGAUGAUGCCACACUGGACCUUGUGGAAUCUGUGCGCCGUCACUACAGUCCAGAUCCGCCAUCGACUCAGGUCUUGAUAGCUACGUUCUUGGAAGCCUUGAAUGUGCUUCUAGAAAUAGGAGUGGACCAAAGCCACAAGAACAAUGCAGUCCAACCAAACCAUUCAUAUGUCAUUUUGGAUGGGUUAGACGAGGUUCCUUACGGCCCUGAACGAUCGAAAAUUCUUCGCUUGCUUCGAGAGGUCUCCGCCCUGGAACAUUCCCGUCUUCAUUUCCUUGUCUGCAGUCGGCAAGAAAUAGAUAUCCAGUCAGCUUUGCUGAGCAGUUCCCGAUGGCGAUCUUUCAGCAUCCCCCACGCCAAUGUUGAAGAGGAUCUGGAUGUCUAUAUCACUGCCCAGAUCUCUUCGAGCCCAAAACUACAGUCCCAGCCUGAAAGCAUUAAAAUAGAAAUCAAGAAUAAAUUGGUGCAUGGUGCAAGCGGCAUGUUCCGAUGGGCUGCACUCCAAAUGCAAGAGUUGAAAAUGAAGAGGAUAUUACGGAGCAAAGACAUAAAAAUGGUCCUCUCAUCUUUGCCAAAAGAUUUGGACUCCACUUAUGCGAGGAUUCUUUCUUCCAUUGACCCUUCCUUAGCGGACGAAGCCAUGGCAGCUCUCGAGUGGUUGGCGUGUGCAAGUCGCCCACUGUUUCUCGAAGAACUGAGUGAGGCUUGCAUUAUACGACCCGACGAUGCAGAACCCUUUGAGGAAGGCCAACGCUUAAUCGGCUUGGACAUUAUGGAGCUCCUCCCGGGACUGACGAGAAUACACCCAGCGCCCGAGCCUUCCACGCUUUCGCGGAACCGGUAUCAUACCGUCAGCCUCGCUCAUUUCUCGGUUAUGGAAUACCUGUCCAGUUCACGAGCUUUAGCUGGCUUUGCUUCGAGCUAUCAUAUCAACUUCAGUCUUGCCCAGCGACAUAUUACCAGAGGUUGUUUAGCAUAUAUCGCUCGUGUCUCACAACUCCCGCUUGCAUCUUAUCAGAUUGCUACCCAGUAUCCUCUAGCCUUAUAUGCCUACGCACGAUGGUCCCUCCACGCUUCAUACAUGUCAACAGAUUCUCUCAAUGAGAUAUGCACCGAAAUAUUGGGACUCUUUAAUUCCGGGAAGGUCUGUCUGCAAUGGAGUACCUGUGCCUUAAAGACAUUAGAAUUGCGUGAGAAAAAUCAGCCAGUUUCGCUUCCAGUCCCCUUCGACGCUUUCAAGUCAUGUCUAUGGCCAAGGUACUAUCUGCUCUGUCAUGCCGCCAUUACAGGGAAUGAAGUCAUCGUGAAAGCACUUUUGGGUGGUGGACUGGAAAUCCGGGGUGGCUCCAUCAUGGGCGAGCCUCUUAGGCUUGCUAUAACAUCCCGUCAUUGGGGCCUUGCAAAUAUUCUUUUGACAGCAGGGUACCAACCAAGCAAGGACGAGAUGCUCCAUGCAGUUCGACAUGCACCGGAGGGGCUUUUUUGGGCCAUUAUGAAGAAUGCACCAGUUUUGGAACUCCAUGAUAUGCUGGCCGCCGUGAACGCCGCAAUUAACCAUGCAAAGUUCCGAAAUGCAGACUUGUUGCUGAACCAGCUUUUCACGGGGGAGUUAACUCAUCAUUAUAAACCUGACCUAAAUAUUGCCGAACUGCGGGUGAAACUGUGCUCUCUCAUUCUCAAAAAGGCUACACAACUCAACUCGUCAGUUUUGAUUCGGUACCUUCUUGGAUAUCUCCAAAAUUAUAUCCCCGGGCGCCUGGAUAUGAGCCCUCUUCUGUUGGAAGCCACCAUUCAAGGAAAUGAUAAAGUAGCGGAGGAAUUUCGGUGUUGCUCUUGGGCUCAACUCAGCGAGACCAGCCUAGAGUUCUACCACAACUGGAAUCACGUCCUAGUCCCAGACAAGACUUGCUUUGACUUGCUUGAGCUUUACCACCGUUGCUGUCAACAUGGGAUAUCAUACAAAACGGAAGUACUGGGGGCAUCGCCCCGCCCGGCCCCAACGUGGAAUUUUCCUUCUGGAGCUUUCGAUACAUCCAGGCAAAUUUCGUACAUGGAAUUCUGGACAAAGCUCUUUAUAUGUUUUGAAGCAUUCCGCAAAGCGGGCUACCCAGACAUUCCCCAUAUCACCGUUCGAGGACUCGGCUUUCCAAUCUUUUCUUCUCGGACAUAA